UGACGAGCGAAGGUGCAUCACGCCGCCGCAGUGUCAACCAGAGUGAGGGAGGAGAGUGUCGUGGCCGCGCCGUUGCCCAAGAUUUCUUCCCCUCGAGGUGUCCCCGUAGUGUCGAGGAGGUCCUGGUGGCGACAGGAUGAACCCAGCAGCCGUGCCCACGCCCCUGGAGGACGUGCAGGGGGACGGCAGGUGGCUCAGCAUGCACAAUCGGUUUGUGUCUCAAGCACGCGAGAGUGAGCCAGAUGUCGUCUUUGUCGGGGAUUCGUUAGUGGCAAAUCUUCAGUCGACGGACCUGUGGGAGAAGUGGUUUGCCCCCAUGCACAGCCUCAACUUUGGCAUCGGUGGGGACCAGACACAGCACGUCCUCUGGCGUCUGAAAAAUGGCGAACUUGAGUUCAUAAGACCUAAGGCUGUUGUGGUCUUAGUUGGUACAAAUAACCAUGGGCAUUCUGCUCAGGAAGUUGCAGGUGGCAUCACAGAAAUUUGUCACACAAUACGAGAUAAGCAGCCUAAAUCAUAUAUUAUCGUUUUGACAUUACUUCCACGGGGAGAAAAACCCAACCCCUUGCGCGAGAAGAAUAGGCAGAUCAAUGAGCUAAUGAAGGAGGCAGUGCGGGACAUUGAUUUAUGUCAGGUGGUAAACAUCGAUCGAGACUUGGUCAUGCAGGACGGAAGUAUAGAUCACCGUGAUAUGUACGACUAUUUGCACUUAACUUGGCAAGGUUACCGCCGUGCUUUUGAGCCAGUCUUCGAGUUGUUAACACAGCUGCUUCAUGAGAACGACAAGGUGAUUUUGAACGAUGCAACGCUGGCAUCACCUGCAUCUGACAACCCCCCUUCGGACAACCCCAGUCCCUGUGCUGAGUAGCCUCCCUGAACUUCGAAAACAAUGUGCACAGCUCACUAUCACGACCACUCUGGCAGCAGAUAGUCUCAACCAUGACACCAUGUGCUUGUGACACCCCGGACCAACAUUUUGUGCUCGCGUGGAAACACUUAUCAACUCUUGGAGAGGAAAUAACAUGAGAUUUUGAAGUCCAUUACCCUAAAGAUUGUAUGUAACAUCUUGUCCAGGGCACUUUUGAAGCAAGCAUCUUGUAUGACACAGUUGGUGAAACUGAAGGUUGGAAUUCAGAUAUAAACAGCCAUUUUCUAGCCAUAUUUCUUCUGUAGUUAUCUUGUGGAUUCAGAUUAUUUAUUGAAACUUAGCCUUGUAUUCUUACUACCUCAGACCAUCUUGCAUGACUCAGAGUGAUUUGACAUCUCUCUUAAUCAGCUUCUCUUUAAAAUACAGUGUAUGAAUACAGUGUAUGGUUGCAUCUUAUAAUUUUAUACUAAACCUAAAGGCCACUGAAGAAAUAUAUAUUAAGCAGUACAAUGUUUCAUUCCAUAUUUGUGCAAAAUGAGUAAAUGGUUGUUUUAUAUAAAAGAAAACAUACAGGUCCCCAAAUAUGUGGGAAAGAUAUGGAAACCAGUGAUACAUUAUUUUUUAGUUGGGAGCAAUUCAUUAUUUUAUUUAAUAUCAUAAUUAGAUAGUAUGAUGCUCUUUAAUAAUUAUUGUGAUUAUUUUUGCAAAGACCUAAUCACCUUUUUAUCAGCUCUAUUGAUUUUCUAAGAAAAGUUUGUUUUACUCUAAGUGUAACACUAUUUUAAGAAGGACUGUUAACACUGACCUAUAUCAAGAAAAACCUGGCAAGAUUUCGUUAUAUUUCAGCUUUUUAUGGACUUAGGAAAGAAAAUUAAAAGGGAUGGACAUAAGUAACAUCGCUGAACAUGAUAGUGUAUGCUUUUAAGUGUGACAGUUGAAAUCUUACCAUUCACAAGGGCUUGCAUAGUCCUGACUGCAGUCAGCAGGCAAAUACCUUUAAAUGAACAAUGCAUUCCUAUGAACCAAAGUCUAGAACAGAGGGACUUGCUAAGCCUGUUCUUGUGAUAAUUUUAAGUGAUCGUAUUUUCAGUAUAUAAAAUCUUUUGUUACUGAUAAUGUUAAGUUGUACAUCUGCACUUUUCUUUUUAGUUGUAAAUGCACAUGCAAAUUGUUUGGAAAGUAUAGUAAAUUUCAGUAUGGUUUUGGUGCACCCAAAGCAAUAGGUGUGUUGCUGAUUGUAAUAUUUUGUCAGCUACAUAUAGGCAUUGGUACAAAUAAGCGAAUGUGCAUUUGCACUACUUUCUAUACUCAUUAUUUAUAUAUUUUCAGUAAUACGUUUUGGCAGAUAGGGCAUAAUAUAUGUAUCCAUUGAGGGUGCUGAGUCUAGUCCCAGUGAAUUUUUUUUUUCUUUAGAUUGGAUCAUAUAUAUAUUUAAAUGACAUGGUACCCUGUGAUCAGUGUUGGAGGCCUUCAAGCUCUCCAUCAUGCUGCAUUCAGAAAUAUCUACUUUUGUGCUACUAAUUGUAGCCUUGCAACAUAGCCAGUUUUGAGUGUAUGCUUUGGAAUACAAUAAAAGAUUUGUGUUUUGCAUUUCUUGCUGAAUCAGGUCAUUUUGGUUUAAUUACUUAUAUAAGAAAAAUAUAUAUUUGCGGUUUUGAAAACUGAUGAUACUCCCAUGCUGCCCAACAUAAUUUUUUUUUCUUUUUUUAUAGAUUUAUUAUUGGUUGUGGAGCAAUCACUGCAAAGGUUGCAAAAUAUGACUUCAUUAUUAGGCAGAAAAAAAAAAAUUGCUUCUUUAAAAUGAUCUAUCUUCACUGUUGGAUCAGGCAAAGCUUUUUGUUAUAAUUCAUCCUAGUUUGCUUAACCAAACUAGUGUAAUGACAGACAAGCACACCAAGGUAGCUAUGCAUGACGCUACCAACCCAUCAGCCUGGAAUUUUGGAUUGGGUGCCUUUCUCCUCAACUUUCCACCUUUGUACUAAUAGUUGCAUACAGUGACAUUGCAGCACCAAAGAAUGACUGACUGACAUGAGUAAGAAUUAUUGCCAGUAAUGGUCUUAGAAUUGGAAUAUUGAUAUAGGUUUGAGUAGUUCUUAUUACAGAUAGAUUAAAAAUUUUUGCUGAAGUUAAAGUUAGUUUGUGAGUUUAGAAUGUGAGUAUUUGAAUUAGGCUGUAUGUAACUCAGUGGAAUGGGUUAUUUUAUUUCCAGCUUUGAACAUUGAUGCAAAAAGAUAUGUUCAAGUGAGCUUCCCUUUGCUUAUAUGAUGAAUCUCAUAAGCUUAUCACUGUCCAGCUUUGGGCAUUUCCAGGAUAUAGUUUGUCCAUGUGUCAUGCUUUCCACAUAUUUAAGCUUAUUGCAAGUAGUGAUUGUAUACAGUUAUUCACUAUUGUCUUGGCAAAAGAGUGUAAAGUUCUUAAUGAAGAUGAUCCCUGGAUUUGCUCAUUUUGCAUACGACAAGUCAGUUUCAUUCAUUAGAACUUCAAGCAAAUGGAUUGAUUUCAUGUUCCACAAGGUCAUCCUAUUUCUAAGGUACUUCAUAAGCGACUAAAACUUUGAGAGAAAAGAGGUCUCAAAGUCGUUAUCCACCAAAGAAUUCUUGUAGGUCAUGGCAAAAAAAAAGACGAAUAUUUGGUUGUUGGCUAAUGCAAAAAGGCACCUAACAUGAAGAUUUCCCAGUUGUAUAAAUGACAGUAUGAUUGCUGUUAGAUUAUAUUUUUUGUAAAAAUGUGUACCAUAGGAAUGGGAGGAAAUGCCUAGUUGAAUAUUGCCUUUUAAUUCAAGAAAAUGUUUGGGCUUCUGUUAUAACAGAAUGGAUGCUAUUGCUGUUUUCUUUAGUUAUAUAAAGAAUUUAUCAAAUUGGUAAAAAUGUAAUACUUAUUGUAUUUUCUUGUUGGCGGUUCUGCAUUUAUAUUUCCUUUUGCAGUUCACAGCAAAUUUAGGGCCUCUGCAUUAUUACAUAGAUCAUCACAAUGAUGUUAAUUGUACCCCCACACAAAUAGUACACCACUGAUAUGGAAAUCUGCUGCAGCUAUGUGUGUGAAGCAUAGUGGUCCAAUGUACGUGUGCCUGGGUCAGAGUAAUGCCUUUUUAAAUGUAUUUCUCUGUGAUAUGAGGAACCUUUUAAACUGGUGGCAAUGUGGCAGCUCUUGGUGGCAAAGGCUAUCGUGCACCUGUCUGUUUCAUGUAUGAUUAAAUUAUGAUAAAGAU